UGGUUUUCUUCUUCCUGACUUUGGAAGGGUGUGUCAACAGUUGUCAAGUUCAUGGCAAUGCCUGAAUACCGUAGUUCGUCUCUCCUGUCCUUGAAAUCAGAACAAAGAAGCUUCAACUCGCAAGUCGGAACUCCCUUUAAUCAUUGUGUCUCCAGGCAAGGUGCUGAACCCUCAGCCUAUGCAAUGAACCUCAGCGUGCCUGAACAAGAUGCGGCCAAUCCCAACAACUGCUACAGAGAAGGAAAUAAAAUAAACCAGCUUCAAACACACCUGAAAAAGAAUUUCUUUCAAGACCCGGUGCCAUCUUAUCACAGCAGGGCCAUUAUUUCACAGUUCCUGGAGAAAGCUUCGAAGAAGAGGAAUACAGCAGAUCAAGAGGUAACCUUCUCAGCGAGGAAUCUCUCCCAUUCCAAUGCUGACUCCCUUCAGCAGGAGAGAAACACCAACUUCUCUGAAGACGGUGGGCAGGAUCUCAGCUCGCCUCUCAGUCAGCAUCACCCUGUGAACACGGGUGAAGGGGAUCGAUUGUUUAGUGAACACCUGCGAGCAAAGAGGGCAAGAGUAGAGAACAUCAUCCGAGGGAUGAACAGUUCUCCAAAUGCCAACCUUCCCAACAGUGAGGUGGAGAGGGAGAGUGGUCAUGGGCGAGAGAGUUUGAUGAGCCUGUACAAAGAGAAUAAGCGGAAGCAGAGACUUCCACAGCAGCAGCAACAGCGGGAGGAGAAUCCCAGGAAGAGUCCCAGGCUAGCAUCAUCCCUGAAGCAGCUCAGAAGAGAAGAAUGCCAUAGACUGAAGCAGCAACUCCAGGAAAUGCAGGGAAAGCUCCUUGAACUUCAGGAAAAGUUUUUCCAAGUGUAUGAUGAUGGUGAAUCGGAGCAUGAGGACCAAGACGAUGCUUCUGACUCCACUUUCCAUUUGGGUGGCGUUGAGAAUGUAGGAAACCCUUCAGAAAGGUAUCAUGGUGACGUCUCCGAUGUGGACCAAGGUCUCUAUGGGGACUAUGUUCAGACAAUUAACCACGAGGAAGAACCGAAAAUGGGAAAAGAAGCAAAUAAACAUCAUAAUCUGGACCAAAAAUUCAAGCAUUGUAACCAUUUUGGUUUCUCUUUAGUGGAGGGUGGAUAUCUGGCUGAAUCUUUAAAGUAUGAACUAACCAAUGCAAUGGCUCACAUUGUUGACUCAGCGGUACAGUUGUUCUCUGUCAAACCUUCCACCGCUUCUUCGCAGGCACUUCAAAGCCUGCCAACCACCAGGCUCAAGAAUAUCACACAAUAUCAGAACACAAACCUGAAAACCACGAGUCAUGAGUUUCAGUGCCCCCCAGAUCCAGUGAUGAUGCACAAGUAUUUUGACAACUGUCUCAACACUUGUCCCUUCAAAGUUUACGAUCAGACGGAAGCAAUACCAUUGGUGGUGAGAAAGUCACCUCAAAGCCAGCCGAGUCUUGUCGGUCCGAUUAUUAAACAGACCUGUCAAAUGCCUCACGACAAGCCACCUUUAACACUAGUUCUGGAUUCCCAGAUGUCUCUAACUGAAUUGCCCAAGCCCAUUUUGAGGUACAACAUGCAGAAUGACAUGGGACGUACCCUCGCCAUAACUGCGAAGGACACUGUUGCUUUUAAGCCAAUGUGUCUUUCAUGGGACGCUGUCAAACUAAGGUCAAAAGUUACCUCGCAUCAUGUAGCGCAUAAGUUGUACCCAAGCUUUCAACAAGAACCAGCAGAGAACCUCGAUCUUUCUCACAUCAAGUCAGAAUGUGGGGAGCUGCAAUCCAUGGUGGAGGUCACGUCUUACUCCUCAGCUAACGAGGGAUUAACACCUAAUCACCUGAAGAAAGCCAAGCUGAUGUUUUUCUAUACACGAUACCCCAGCUCAACCAUACUGAAAACAUACUUCUCCGAUGUUAAGUUUAACAGAUGCAUCACCUCUCAGCUUAUCAAAUGGUUCAGCAACUUCCGUGAGUUUUACUAUAUCCAGAUGGAGAAGUUUGCUCGACAGGCUGUGAAUGAUGGUGUGACCAAUGCCAAAGACCUCAAGGUGACCAGGGACUCUGAUCUCUACCGAGCUCUCAAUGGGCACUACAACAAGGCCAAUGACUUCCAGAUCCCGAAGGAGUUUCUGGAAGUUGCGGAAGUGACACUUCGAGAAUUUUUCAACGCUGUCAUAUCCGGGAAAGACUUGGACCCUUCGUGGAAAAAAAGCAUUUACAAGGUGAUCAGCAAACUGGACAAUGGGGUCCCUGAGAUGUUCAGUUCUCAGGGGUGCCUGCAAGACAUCCUGUAUGACUAGAACUGUGGAUUGCUCCAGCCUCAAGCUCUGUUUUGUAGCAGUGGCCAAAUGUUUGCUUUGCCAUAGAUCCUGACAGACAAUUGGAUCUUUCAACACUGUUUGUGUUAGGUAAGGGCAACAAGGAGAACUGAUGUCAGAGAGGCAUAGAUAGUUUAGACAGUCACAACUUUUCUUUCCUAGGAUAGAGGAAUGACAUAGCUUUGUGAGAAGGGGAAAGUUUAAAGGAGAUGGGUGGA